CACUCUCUCUUGUCUCUUCAUUUCUAUCAUGUCGCGGCAUGCAACGGUCGACGCGGCCCAAAGGGAGCUCGAAGAGGAGGAGACCGUGACCGGGCCCGGUGAGGGGAACGAAGAAAUGGAGGAGGGCGAGGAUGGGGAGGGAUACACUUCUUCCACUCCAACAUCAACGUUGACAUGGAUCAGCUGGUUCUGCUCCUUGCCCGGACACGAGUACUUUUGCGAGGUCGCGGAAGAGUUUAUCGAAGACGAUUUCAACCUCACUGGUCUGAACGCGAUGGUCCCAUUCUGGAAGGAAGCUAUGGAGAUGGUUCUAGACGUCGAACCCGAUGAGGACUCGUCCAAGAUACCGGACGUGUCCAUUGUAGAGGCCUCUGCGGAACUGCUCUAUGGUUUGGUUCACCAACGUUACAUCCUCACACGUGCGGGUCUGCAGGCUAUGGCAGAGAAAUAUGAGCAGGGAAUGUUCGGCUCGUGUCCGAGAGUGUACUGCCAGGGGUGGCCUGUGGUUCCGUGCGGACGUUCAGACAUCGCCGGAAUGGACACGGUGAAGCUCUAUUGUCCGAACUGCAACGACAUAUACGCGCCCCCAAGCAGCAGGUUUCAGGGCGUAGACGGCGCGUUUUUCGGAACCACAUUCGCGCACCUCUUCUUCCAGUCUUACCGUGAACUCGCACCGGCGCCGUUCUGGAAGCCGUCCUCCCCUGGAGGGUCCUCCCUCUCUCCUGGGGAUGCAUCGUCUGGCUCCGAACACGCGCAAUCUGCGCACCCAUCGCAGCCCGGCGCCGCCGCGCCCUCCUUCGUUAACCCAAACCCGCAUGGGGGCCAGAAGCGCGCGGCGGGACGGGUGUACGUACCGAAGAUAUAUGGGUUCAGAGUGAGCGAACGUGCGAAGAGUGGGCCGCGGAUGCAGUGGAUGAGGUUACGGCCGGAGAGCCCGGAGCAGCUGGACCAGGUGGAUUGGCGAGGACGGUGGAUUGAUGAUGAGGACGAUGAGUAUGACGAGGAGGAGGAGGCAGAAGAUGGGCACAUGGAGGAUUUCGAUCCGGAUCAUGCUGGAGACGGAGAAGAUCCUGACGAAGAGGAAGAAGAAGAGGAGGAGGAUAAUCCGCGAGGGAGCGGAAUCCCGGGAAAGGGUGCACGGCGACAUCCCCUUGAACCAGCAUUCGAACGCGAUGCAUCCCUCCCUCCACCUGGCCCACCCACUUCCACGAUCACCUCGCCGACCUCGAGCAUCCCGCCACGCACUCCGCGCGACGAGAUGGCGCCUGCACCGUCCUAUCCCUACCAGACUGGCGGCUCGACCGGCAAAGUGCAGGUUGUUCGGAGAGCGGCUCCCGCUACGGACUACAGGACACUGCAUGCCAUGUGAUGACGACGGCAAAUCUCGACGACCCGAUGCCUCUGAGCUCUCCCCCCUCCUCACCCAGAUAUUGUGGCGCUCGAUGCGAGCCUGUUCCGUUCUCGUGUUUGCCUUCUCUCUCUCUCCUCUUAUCUCAUUAUACAGUAGUACCAUACAACUCCCUGUACAUACACAGCUUGAAGUAGUGGGCCGUCCUACCGACGACGUAGAGAAUUCAUACGUUC